UGCCUGGCUGGCGCAGUCGGGAGUGCGCGACUCGUGAUCUCGGGGUCGUGGGUUCGAGCUUCACGCUGGGUGUAGAGAUCACUAAAAAUAAAUCAACUUAAACACACACACAGUGACACUGCUGUAGGGAAGACCCUUCGGUCCCACCCAGGGGGACCUCACGAGGACCAGCCCUUUCAACAGACCCUACAAAAGCAGAUGAGAAGGAAGACAGAGAAACCCAACAGAUAUGGUCUUUCCCCUAAGUAGGAACACCCCAGCCUCAGACAGACACAGCAGAAAGGGCCCCGGGAGGCUGGAAAAGAAGGUAGGACGCGCACAGGGCAGGAGGGGAGGGGCCAGCCCGGGCGCCAGUGGGCGUGGCUCCGCCCUUCUCACCUCGGAGCCAUGGGGAGCCAGGGGCCUGGCGGGCCGCCCCGCAACGGGGCUCCCUACACGGUUCUGCUGCUGCCACUGGGGACAAGCCGCCGGCACCCAGGGGCCCGGAGCUUCUUCCUCUGGGUGCUCAGUGGUCAGGCUGGGCUCACACUCCGUGACCAGUGAACCCAGCCAAGGGUUGAGACGAGGGGCCACGGCCCAGAGCCCUGCUGUGGAGCAAGUCAGCCUCCGCUUCUUGCCUUCCCAGCUGCAGAGGAUGCAGGCUCUGGAGAGGGAGCAGGACGCCCUGUGGCAGGGGCUGGAGCUGCUGGAGCGCGGCCAGGCCUGCUUUGAGGGCCGUCUGAGGGAGGCACUGCAACAACAGCAGCACCUAGGGGCUCUUGAAUUUUCUAACAGAUUUACACUCAGAGCCUCAUGGCCCCCAGUUAGCCCAGAUUCAAAAGGUGAACGUGUGUUUGCAGAAUCUGAUUCAGAAGGACUGGAAGGGAAGGCCAAGGAAGCAGAACUUACAGCAGCAACAGGAGUUGUCAAGGCAGCAGAAGGGAGGCAUUCAGCCAAAAGGCGAGACCACUCAGCCGGGCUGCCCCAAGAUGCAAAGGGGCCCAACCCGUGUAUAAAUGGCUCCAGGUGGUGGGUCAACUGAAGUCCAAACAUCUUGGUGUAAAGUUUCUUCUCUGCAACUGAAAACUUCCAUUUCAUCUUCUCGGUGUCUUAUGCCCUCACUCUCCCUUAUAUGAUAUGCAUAAAUGAUCUUUCUUUGAAAUCCCUCUCUAGAGAAGACAUGUUUAUUGAAACUGUCCUUCAACUUUAAAUACAAAAAUAAAAUAGGCGCUUCUUCAGAAUUUCAAAUAAGAACAAUUCUAUAAAUAAACCUCACUCCCAACCUUAGUCUCCUCCCCAUACAUCUUUCCUUCUACCUGAGCUUAGGAAAGCACGAAUAAAUAGUGGAAUAAAGAGAUGCUGUGGAGAGAUAGGAACCAACUUUCUCCACAAAGAGGUAUUUGGUUUGGUUCCCACCAGGGUUAGAGAAAGUGCACUGUGGGAAAAUCCACUGCCCUCUUUCCCAAUCUCACUAAGAAAGAGAGGGACAAGUGCCUGAGAAAGAAAACCUCCAGCUGAGAGAGGUGGGGUCCCGAGGCCCAUGUUACCUUCUCACCAAAGGAGCAGGAUUGAAAAGAGCUCUGGAGACCCAUCCCUCCUAUGUCACCAGUUGU